AUGAAAACAUACUUUCUCUCAAUCACUCCGCUUGUUUCUCAUCUCUUUACGUUUUCUUUUAUUUUCCAGAAAAGGAACAUUAUUCCUGUAUCAUCUUCUGCCUCUGCAUCUCCAACUUCAACUUGUUCGAGCCCUCUUGUCUCAAACUGUCAAAACUCCCAACAACAUUUACUUAUUGAAGGGCAACAACCAAGUAUAGCUGUUGGUGGAAAUUUUCUGCCUGCUCCGGUCACAUUAACACCUCCACAAUCAGCGCCGCCUCAAAAAACUUCACAUGCCUUUUUUAUGGAUCAAAUGAGGAUUCGAAGCAAAAGUCCAAGUGAUCGUGCGAAUUUUGCAGCUGUUUCUCCAUCAACUGCUGGAAGUGUUUGCUCACUUGCAGGAAAAGAAUUGACUAGCACUACAUCUCCAGGUUCUGGUAUUGUUGGUAUUCCACGUCGUGGUUGUGAGCGUUACAACAAGAAAAGAGGUGGAACUAUUGAAGAUUGGGCAAUUCGAAGUGAAAAUGUUAUUAUGAAGGAGAAGAUAGGAAAUGGAUCUUUUGGGACUGUUUAUAAGGCUGAUUAUUUUGGUUUGAUUAUUUUUGUAUUUUUGAUGAUUUUUUACAUUUUAGGUACUGUUGCAGUAAAGAAAUUAAAUAUUACCAAUCCUACAUUAACUGUGAACGUUACAACAAGAAAGGAGCUUGAACGAAAUUCAUCAGCUAGAAAAAAUGUGGCAGCUGCUGGUGUAGUAAUGAAAAAUACAGUUAAAAAUUGUAUGGUGGAAACAAAUAAUAAACCAGCUUUACAACACAAAUUAAUCCAUUUACACCUUCCAUUUCAACAACAUUCUAAACUUCAUGUUCGAUCAGGAAUCUCAGCAAGAGAAGCAAUCUCAGCAAUACUUAAAACUUAUUGCGGUGUCUGUCGCCGGAUUAUACUUUUUCAAGGCUAUCGCUGUGAAAAAUGCCAGAGAACACUUCAAGCCAGUUCAAUGCAUUCUGGAUUGUAUAAUUUUAUUAGUCCAAGUGAUCGUGCGAAUUUUGCAGCUGUUUCUCCAUCAACUGCUGGAAGUGUCUGUUCACUUGCAGGAAAAGAAUUGACUAGCACUGCAUUAACAUCUCCAGGUUCUGGUAUUGUUGGUAUUCCACGUCGUGGCUGUGAGCGUUACAACAAGAAAAGAGGUGGAACUAUUGAAGAUUGGGCAAUUCGAAGUGAAAAUGUUAUUAUGAAGGAGAAGAUAGGAAAUGGAUCUUUUGGGACUGUUUAUAAGGCUGAUUAUUUUGGUACUGUUGCAGUAAAGAAAUUAAAUAUUACCAAUCCGGGCCCUGAAUUGUCAUUGGCUUUCAAAAACGAGGUAACAGUUUUGAGAAAGGCACGUCAUGGAAAUGUUCUUAAUUUUUUGGGAGUUAUUAAGGAACCAGAAUUGGCAAUAGUCACCCAAUGGUGCUCGGGCUCUUCUUUAUAUCGUCAUUUACAUGUUUUGGAACCUAAAGUGGACUUUGAAUUACAAACAAUUUUGGACAUUUGUAAACAAAUAAGUCAAGGAAUGAAUUAUUUACAUAGUAGAGGAGUUAUUCAUCGUGAUCUAAAAACAAACAAUAUUUUCCUUGCUGAGGGAACUUCUGUUAAAAUUGGGGAUUUUGGACUGGCCACUGUUAAGACACGUACAAAUGCAUUGCCCAAUGGGGCACCUAAUCCAAAUCCGACUGGCUCUAUUCUGUGGAUGGCGCCUGAAGUCAUUCGAAUGCAAUGUGAAAACCCUUACAGCACCCAGUCUGAUGUUUACGCUUUUGGAAUAUGUCUUUAUGAACUUUUGACUUCAAAAUUGCCCUAUGACGAUAUUAAAGACCGAGACCAAAUAUUGUUCAUGGUAGGUAGUGGACUACUUCGACCUAACAUCAAAAAUUUGCGGAGUGAUACUCCCAGACAACUUCGAAAUGUUUUUGAACAGUGUAUAAGAUUUAAACAUUCUGAACGGCCUGAAUUUAGAAUGAUUUAUUCAAUUCUUGACGAACUUCGACUUCCUAAAUUAAAAAAAUCUACUAGCGAACCAAAUUUAACUUUAAGAAAUCACAGUGCAUCAUCAUCACAUAAAUCAAGUCCACAUCAUCACCAACAACAUCAAAGGCUGUAA